AUGAACAACACCAAGACUACCGGCACUGGCGCCAACAAGACCACUGGCAAUGGCGCCGCUAAGACCAAUGGCACUGGUGCCGCCAAGAACACCACCGCUGGCAACUCGAGGACUGCGCAAGCCGUAACUUCCGGUCCCGGCACCUCGAAGGCUGCGGCGGCUCUGAAGGCCGCCGUGGCCGCGAAGAACACGGAGACGCCGCCCCCCGCAAAGCCCUCCAGGGGCAACCCCAGCGUUGAAGUGGAGUUCCUCUCCAACCGUGUGGUGUACCGCGAGUACCAGAUGGGAGACCUGAUCGGUAUCCUCGAGGAGGCGGCGGCUAAGUUGGGGAUGACUGGCAAGGUUGUCGCUGCUUGUCUUAGCCACGAGGGUGACCAGGGAAACGGUGGCCGCUCUACCUGGAAGGUGGAACUGCGCAAGCCUGUUGUGGCCAACUGCGACCAGCUCUUUGUCCUCAAGAUCCGUACUCAGUACGAAGUCCCUUCGCUUUUCGGCAGGAAGUAG